GCUGUGGAAGCUACAGCAACUGUUCUGAGCUCAGUAACAUCUUUCAUAGUGCAAUAUAUGAAAAUUAACUGGGACCUUCUUGGAGAACUGACAUUAGGGAUCUUCUCUGUAAUAAAUGCUGGUUCACUCUUUCUCAUGUACUUGACUACCAACAUCUGGGCAUGCUACACCAGCUAUCUCGUGUUCAAAGCCUGCUAUAUGUUCCUCAUAACAGUAGCCACGUUCCAGAUCGCCGUCACCCUGAGCGUGGAGCGCUACGCCCUGGUGUUUGGCUUCAACAACUUCAUGGCCCUGCUGAUCCAGACCAUCCUUACGGCAGUCGUCGUGGAUUCAAGAGGCCUGGGGCUGGACAUAGCUACUCAGUUUUUAAUUUAUGGCAGUUACUUCGCAGUCAUAGCUGGGAUUUUCUUCAUCAGAAGCAUUUGCACACUCCUCUCCAGAAAAUGCAAGAGGGAAAUAGUGAGUUCUUGCAAAGAGUGUGUGAGCCAUGCUGAAGAGGAGCCGAGGGAGCAG